AUGGUUCGAAAAAACUCAACCAUUAGCCAUUUAAUUAGAAUACUUAAUUCACCUGAAUCAACUCCAAAGCAGAUUCAAAAUGCAUUCUUUAAGUAUUUUGAAAGUACCAGAGAUUAUUAUAAAUGUAGGCUUCACUAUAACAAAAUAACAAACGAAGAAUUCAACGAACAUGACAAACUUCUUGAUGCUUUAAAAGCUCAAAUAAAGUUAAUAACCACUAAAAAUAUUAGAUUAGAAGGAAGAAUUAACAGAUUAAAUAAUAAAGAUACUAAUGCUACUUUUCUAACUGAAAUAAUCUUAUUAAAAAAUGAAAAUCAUGAUUUAAUAAAGAAAAACGAAGCCUUAAAGAUGAAGAAUGAAUCCUUCACAAUGGCUUUUUUAAAUUCAGCUGUGAUAUAUAGCAAUAAUGAAAACCAAUAUGAAAGUACAAUUAAACAACAAGCAAAUGUGAUAAAUAAACAUCGAUGA